UACGUGCGUGCGCGUUUCUUCCCGCAGCCUCGUUUUGAUAAUAAAAAUGGCCGCUCUCAGGGGAAGGGCCUAUUGAAAAAAACACUGCGACGGACGUCUAUCUCAGCGACACUCCCUCAAUUUGUUUCGCGUUGGACGGGCAAAAGGUUUCCCCGGAACUUCAGCCGCGGCGGCUGUCAGUGCUUUUAGUUGGGGUUCGGUCCAAUAUGGCGGCAGACGGAUGGAAAUACUGAUGACAGUCCGAAAAAUCGCCUCGAUUUGUACGAUGGGCGCCAAUGCCUCUGCUUUGGAGAAGGAGAUUGGACCGGAACAGUUUCCCGUAAAUGAACACUACUUUGGGUUGGUCAACUUUGGGAACACCUGCUACUGCAACUCGGUGCUGCAGGCCCUGUACUUCUGCCGGCCGUUCCGGGAGAAGGUGCUGGCCUACAAGGUGCAGCCGCGGCGCAAGGAGAGCCUGCUCACCUGCCUGGCCGACCUCUUCAACAGCAUCGCCACGCAGAAGAAGAAGGUGGGCGUCAUCCCGCCCAAGAAGUUCAUCUCUAGGCUAAGGAAGGAAAACGAGCUGUUUGACAACUACAUGCAGCAGGAUGCGCACGAGUUCCUCAACUACCUGCUCAACACCAUCGCCGACCUGCUGCAGGAGGAGAAGAGCCAGGAGCGGCAGCAGAACGGCAAGCUGGUGCAGAACGGGGGAGGAGGAGGAGGCGGAGGAGGAGGAGGAGGAGGGGGAGGAGGAAACACGGGUGAGGGAGAGGAGGGCGAGAAGACCCAGCAGACUUGGGUCCACGAGAUCUUCCAGGGCACGCUGACCAAUGAGACGCGCUGCCUCAACUGUGAAGCGGUGAGCAGCAAAGAUGAGGACUUCCUGGACCUCUCAGUGGACGUGGAGCAGAACACCUCCAUCACCCACUGUCUCAGGGGUUUCAGCAACACAGAGACACUGUGUAGUGAAUACAAGUACUACUGCGAGCAGUGCAGAAGCAAGCAGGAAGCGCAGAAAAGGAUGAGGGUAAAGAAGCUUCCCAUGAUCCUGGCCCUGCACCUGAAGAGGUUCAAGUACAUGGACCAGCUGCACCGCUACACAAAGCUGUCCUACCGCGUGGUCUUCCCCCUGGAGCUGCGGCUCUUCAACACCUCCGGCGACGCCACCAACCCCGACCGCAUGUAUGACCUGGUGGCCGUGGUGGUGCACUGCGGCAGCGGCCCAAAUCGCGGCCACUACAUCACCAUAGUGAAGAGCCAUGGCUUCUGGCUUCUGUUUGAUGACGACAUUGUAGAGAAAAUCGAUGCCCAGGCCAUCGAGGAGUUCUACGGCCUGACGUCGGACAUCUCCAAGAACUCCGAGUCUGGCUACAUCCUCUUCUACCAGUCUAGAGACUGAGCCAGUGGGAACGAAGGAACGGUACUGUAACUUUGCGAGAGGGAGGGGCUUGGCCUGCUCAGACUCCGCCCUCCCCCAGCCAAUGCCACAUGGAGCGUCACAGCAGAACAUCAUCAGACCCUCGGACGGGGGGGCGGGCGAGCGACGGGCAACCCCGUCACAGCGUCAUCAUCCACCAGUUGUCCCGCUCGGGCUGACUGAACAUCGCAGCACCGUUCCGGCUCUCGUAAAAGACAUUUGAAAUGAAAAGUGGAAGAUGGGCAAAGCGGACGUGGCAGUAGUGGAGAAGGUGCAUGGGGGCGGUCUUGGCGGCGCUAAAAGGCCUGCAGAGCAUGGAAACGCAGCACUUUGUGGCAGGGCAGGGUCUGAUGCAAAGGCAACACAUUCGCACUGUAUAGGUUUGGAGGCAGAGCAUUAAACGGGCACGCUCAUGUCAGGCUCCUGUCUGUAAUGUCCUGUGUAUGCUGUCUCUGUCAAACAAAGGGGAGUGGAGUGUAACGCAGAAUCGCACUAUCCAUGCCUAUCAGACAUAUACUCUUGGCGCGUCUUGCGAGCAAGCUCUUCAUUCACAGUCAUUGCUGUGUUAUGUUGCAGUACUAAACAGACAUUUUCCUUUGCGACUCUGUAUACUGUUGAAACUUUGGGAUUUGCUGGGCAACAGGUAAGGAUUUGCUCCUGUUUGCACAAGCUACCAGAUGUAGAAUUUGAAAAUAGACAAGCACAGAAAACAGGUACAUGCUAAUUGGGGGGGAUUGUAGCACAUUCAUGAUCGAUGGAGCAGGACUGACUGGAACGUUGGGCCGAUAUUAGGUGAAUGUAACGUUGGGUGAAUGUUUGGUUCUUCUCUCUCCAUGUCCUGGAGUGGCCUUCUACACCCUUCUGACCAUACAGAGCAUUACGCAUUAUACCACCACUAGCAAGACUUGGCUUUAAGGAUCAUUUGUACCCAGACCGUUGUGUGUAACCACAUUUAAGCACACAGCUGCAUUCAGCUAAGAUAAGGCGCUGCUAGUUUAUUAUUUUUUUUUAGAUUUUUUCAGAAAUCAUAAUGAUCUCAUGCUAGCUCUGUGUCUGGCUUGACCUGAAGCACCCCAACUUUGGGGGAAGGGGCAAGAAAAACAUACGUCCAGUCGUUAAUAAUUGAACUUCUCAGCAGCCAUGUUGUACAUGACUGCACUCGGUUUGCUCUUUGCUCACCCUGCUUUCGUCUUUAUCCAGUAACCUCUUGACUGAGCCUCGCUGGCACAUAAAGCUGCUGUAUAGCGUAGCAGCUGCAAACCAUCCAAAGACCUCUUCCGUAGUGGGAGGCUGCCGGGUUUCUCCUGCUUUGUAGACACAGCAAACAUGAAGCAAAAGAAGCAAAAAAGAAGCAAAAAAAAAAAAAAAAGGCUAGCAUAGCCAGUCGCAUAACACACUCACACCUGACAUAAUUCAGUGUGUUGUCAUGUAUUCUUGAUAUAAAGCUAUUAGCCUGUCUGGAGAGUGAUAUGAAAAGUGUUAAAGCUACGCACCCACUUGUCUGAAAUCACAGUAGUGCGGUUGACCUGCUGUUUAUUUACCACUUCCUGUAAACUUGCUUGACCAACGUACCUCUAAACCAAGAGCUAACUGGAACAGAUGAGUCAGAGAAAGGAAGGAGGGACUUGAUGUGAAACCUUGGGUCUUUUUUAAUGAAAAGAUGAAAGGAUACCUAUAUAACUCAGUUAUAUUUUCUUAAAUGUUCACCUCUUAUUAUUAUGAUUAUUAUUAAUAUUAUUAUUCUACAAGUCUUGUGUAGGCCACCAUAAUACUGAUCUAAUAGGGAGUGGGCUGUGUAUAGAUGCUAUGGCACAUUUGUAAAUGUAAACAAAUUAUGUGGGGGGGGUGACUUUGCCUGCUUGGAAUAACCAGAGAUGUGCACACAGUAUGGUUCAUCACAUUCGUGAGUCCUAUGGAAUGUUGACGUUCGCCUGCAGUGCCGUACAGAAACGAGAUGUAAAUGCACAGUGAAAACAAUUUCAUACAGAAUGUUUUUAUUCCUUUUCUUUCAUUUAUUACCCCC